AUGGAUCCGUCAGCUGUAAAUAACCAGAGUGACGGACUGUUAUGUGGCAACCUGACGAACGCCGGGGAAUCGACCCAAAAACUUCUGCUUGGGAUUGGCAUCGAUAACUUGAUAACGCUGCUGAUAUUUGGGCUCAUUUUCACUCUUGGGGUGCUGGGGAAUUCUUUGGUGAUCACGGUGCUGGCUCGAAGUAAGCCCGGCAAGCCUCGCAGCACGACCAACAUCUUCAUUCUCAACUUGAGCAUUGCCGAUCUGUCUUACCUGGUUUUCUGCAUACCCUUCCAAUCCACCGUAUACAUGCUGCCGACGUGGGUCUUCGGAGCCAUCAUCUGCAAAUUCAUCCACUACUUUUUCACAGUGUCCAUGCUGGUCAGCAUUUUCACCUUGUCGGCGAUGUCCGUGGACCGCUACAUUGCCAUCGUGCACUCUCGGAAGUCCACCUCUUUACGGGUGGCCAGGCAUGCCCUCACCGGGGUAAUCGCCAUAUGGAUUAUCUCCCUUGCCAUGGCAGCUCCGGUCGCUUACUACCAGAGCAUUGUCCGAAGGGGAGAAGACAGCACGUUUUGUUGGGAAGUGUGGCCAGACCACAACCGAAAGAAGCUCUAUGCGGUCUGUACGUUUGUCUUUGGUUAUAUGUUACCCCUACUUCUCAUCUCCUUCUGCUACGCAAAGGUAAUAAGUCACUUACACAAAAAACUGAGAGGCUUUUCAAAGAAGUCAGAAGCUUCUAAAAGAAAGACUGCUCAGACCGUCCUGGUGGUGGUGGUGGUCUUCUGCCUGUCCUGGCUGCCCCACCAUGUCGUGCACCUCUGGGUGGAGUUCGGCUCCUUCCCGCUAAACCAGGCCUCCUUCGUGCUGCGGGUGGCGGCGCACUGCCUCGCCUACAGCAACUCCUCGGUGAACCCCAUCAUCUACGCCUUCCUGUCGGAGAACUUCAGGAAGGCCUAUGCGCAGGUCUUCAGGUGCGAGCUGGGCAGGAGCGGUUGCUCCAGGGGCAACACUAAGGAAGCGAGGAGCAAGAUGGAGGCGCCCCUGUCCACCAACUGCACCAGCGUCUGACGGAUUCAGGCCUGGAAAAUGGCUGUGUAAACAUCAUGCAUUAUUACUAUACUUCAUUAUGUGCCUGUGAUCAGAAGGUUGCUGGUUCAAAUCUCAGGGUCAGAGGAGUGAUUUCACUGCUGUGCCCCUGAUCGAAACCCUUUACCCCCAAUUGCUUCACGAACUGUCCGGCCUUCCUUUCGCAAUUCUAUGUCACUUUGGUUGCAAGCACUUGCUAAAUACUAAAUGCAUUAAAUGUAAAUAUACAUGACGUAUUAUAGCUUGAAAUUGAACAUAAAUUUAUGGUUUGGUAAACACAAUAGUAUUCUCAAGUCUUUUUCACUCAGAAAGAUCCUGGGCAAAGGGAACAAACUGUUUAACUGAAGCUGCAAGCUUCACAGGAAUAGAGCCGCAUGAAAAUGCAGAAAUGUGGCACUUUCUGCUGUUCAUCACAACGAGCGGUGUGGUGAGAAAAUGAAAACCUGAACGCUGGGACACUCAGAGUCCGUCACUGUACACCUGAAGCUACUGCAGUCGUGUGCUUAGACUUCACUGCUUGUUUGUUAUUUCUUUUUCAGAUCUGAUCUGCUUCUGUGGAUCUUGAUUUGAUUUAUGGCAAAGAUAAGUUUUGAGAAGGGCUUGGAUUUACUGCAGCAAUUUCGUCGUAUUGUCGCAUUUCUUGUCUGUUUGUGUUUACGAGAUGUGAUAUUCAGAAAUUUUGGAUGGACAAAAAUAAGACACCUUGUCGUACGAGAAGUUUCACAUUUAUUUUGUCUGUGGGCAGGGGGGUUCCCCACAUGCGAUGGAAAGAAGCCCCCGCUCACAAAUCAGCAUCCAUUUUUAUUAGCGAUGGUCAAAUGAAGCUUCAUGAACCAUUUGCUGUAUUUUUCUAUCCCCCUAGAUGGCGCUCUCUGUUAAUGCCCCAAAAUAAAUUAAGAGCACCAUCUAGUGGGGUCCAAAAAUACAGCAAGUGGUUCAUGAAGCUUCAUUUGCCCAUCUCUGAUUUAUUUACUUUUUCUAUGAGUGACAUCCUUGCACUAGAUGACCAGAUGUUUCUUGUUAGCUUGUCUUUCAUCCUGCUACCCUUCAGUGUCCCUGGUACAGGGCCCUGCUGUCCUGUCCUAUACCUCCCACAGUUGCUGCAAGGAGCCACGUCUGUGCACAUUCUUCAUCUAUCUUUGUUCAAUACACUUUCCAUGUUCAAUAAAUGUGAGAAAAGAAGCAAACAUUUCAAGGGAAAAAACUGAUACCUCAUAUGAUAAUUUUAAAGAUUAUAUGUCCUUUUACAUAAGUAUUGAUUCUUAUAUUAUGAUUGCUUUUGUUACGCCUACAUUGC